AUGGGAAGUUGCGUCGGAUCGGAGAAACAGAAGAAAGAAACUCAGAUGGAUUCGUCGGCAAAGAUGUACUCCGAGCGCUCUGUCGAGCUGCCCGGGCCGGUAUUCUCUAGUGAUAUAUCAAUUGAGCCUAUACAGUCUGUUGAAGUGACAUCAGCUGACGGCGGUACAAUGAAUGUGUAUUCAACAAAAGAUUCAUCCUUUUAUACGACCACUACCAGCAUAGAAAGGUCGACCAGCAAUGGGGAACACACUGUACGGAUCAUGGAACGGCGAAUGAAAUUGAAGAAAAUAGCGUCUGCAGACAUAGACAUGGACACUAAAGCAGAGAUGCUGAGUGAGGCUGAAAGCCAGGUAGAGCGUGUGCAUGGAAUGGUAGCUGAGCUGGUUAUAAAAUUGAAAAACACCGAUGUUAGUGUGGUUAUUCAAGCAACCAAAGAUCUCUACAUACAGGUGGAUAAUGCCUGGAUUACUCCGAUAUAUGGUCGUGAUAUGGCGUAUGAUUUGUGUAAUACCCUGCGUCGGGAAGGAGGGUUAGACAUACUGUUGGAAAAUUGCAAAUCAGAAAACAUAAAUCUUAAACACAGUUCAGCACAGCUUUUAGAGCAAGUAUUAAUUACUGAAAACCGUGAUUAUGUCGCCAAUGUUGGACUUGAAUCUGUUGUGCGUCUGGCAUGUUCUCGAGAAGAAUUACUACUGAUGCAAAUCGGUACAGGCAUUUUGGAGAGUAUGUUUAAACACAAUGAAGACACUUGUUCUCGUGUUAUUGAAUUAGGUGGCUUACAAGCUGUCCUGUACUCCUGUAGACUAAGUGAUAAUAUAGUCCUCCAGCAUUGUGCUGCAGCGUUAGCAAAUUGUGCUAUGUAUGGCGGACCUGCCAAUCAACGCAGAAUGAUAGAACACCACGCCCCUGAGUGGUUGUUCCCACUUGCCUUCAGUAAAGAUGAUAAUAUUAAAUAUUAUGCAUGCCUUGCUAUCUCACUCCUGGCUGCCAAUAAAGAUGUUCAAAAAGCUGUUGUCAAUUCGGGAACAUUAGAUUUAAUUGAACCAUUUGUUAAUUCGCAUGACCCUGUUGAAUUCGCGAAAAGCAAUAAAUUCCAUGCCCAGGGAAGAGGUAGAGACUGGUUGAAGCGGUUGGUGCCAUUGCUGUCAUGCGAUCGACGAGAAGCCCAGAUUUUGGCCGCUUUCCAUUUUGCUAUGGAAGCAGGUAUAAAGAAAGAACAAGGCAAAUUACAGGUAUUUUCUGACAUUGGUGCUAUUGAACCAUUACAAAUACUAGCAAGUAGCAACAAUGAUAUUGCAUCCAAUUUCGCCAUCCAAGCCUUGACUGCGCUUGGAGAACAUGUGCCUGAGAAAUUAGGGGACAAUAUUGCUAACUGGGAAGUGCGUCAUGUGUCAAUUUGGUUGAAAGGCUGUGGAUUUGAAUCUUUUAUUGAGAACUUUUCCAACAAUCUGGUUGAUGGUGAUUUGUUGUUGACAAUCUCCAAUGCUGAGUUGACGAUUGACAUCGGAAUGACCAAUAGCCUUCAGAGAAGAAGAUUUACAAGAGAGCUGGCAAGAUUGAAGUAUAAUGCACGUUGGCGAGACCACAAAGAGAUCUCUAAUUGGUUAAAAGAUCUGGGACCUGAAUAUAAUCAAUACACCUAUAAUUUGGUGAAUUGUGGGAUUGAUAUGAACAUGUUGACGUUGAUAACUGAGGAACAUUUGACGUAUGAUGCAGGAAUUUCCAAUGGAGUUCAUCGGACCCGAAUAUUGAAUGCUGCAAAACCAGGUGAUUUUGAGAAAGCUUUUGACAGUCCAAACAAGUGUUUUAGUCCAGUUGGUACUGUACAGUUAGAUUAUAGACGUCUCAGGAAAGAAAGGACGGAUGUCUUUAUAAGUUACAGGAGAUCAACUGGUUCACAGCUAGCAAGUCUACUUAAAGUCCAUCUACAGUUGAGAGGUUUUACAGUGUUUAUAGAUGUAGAGAAACUAGAAGCAGGAAAAUUUGAUAAUAAUUUACUUUCUAGUGUUAAAAAUGCAAAGAAUUUCGUAUUGGUGCUAUCACCGAAUGCAUUGGAUCGUUGUAUCAAUGAUUCCGACCAAAAAGACUGGGUACAUAGGGAGAUAGUGACUGCUAUAGAGAGUAAGUGUAAUAUAGUUCCAGUUACAUGGGAUUUCAAGUGGCCAGCACCGGAGAAUCUACCUGAGGAUAUGAGACAAGUGUUGUUUUUUAAUGGGGUCAAGUGGAUUCAUGAUUACCAGGAAGCAUGUGUUGAUAAACUAGAAAGGUUUCUGAGAUCACAGGAGAAUAUACCCCAAGUAGACGGUACUUAUAAACCUAAACAAGAUGCGUGGUUCACUCAUGGUGGUGCAAGUGAUGGUCGUACCAGCAGCAGCACAUCGUAA